GUGAAGAGACGAAGACUGAGCUGUGCGGCCGGGUCGUCGACCUCGAGCAGCAGUUGGCUUCUCUACGUAGAACCCGGGAGUAGGAGAUUCAGAAUCGAAUCUCUUCUCCCUUCCCCCUCCUGGUUACAAAUCACUUGAAAUAUAUAAGUUAGUGGAACUUUGCUUGAGUGAGAUUUUUUUGAUCUUCAGCUACAUUUUUCAGCUUUGUGAAGAACCUUAACAUCAAAGAAAAUGGCCAGCAAUGUUACCAACAAGACAGAUCCUCGCUCCAUGAACUCCCGUGUAUUCAUUGGGAAUCUCAAUACUCUUGUGGUCAAGAAAUCUGAUGUGGAGGCGAUCUUCUCAAAAUACGGCAAAAUUGUGGGUUGCUCUGUUCAUAAGGGCUUUGCUUUUGUUCAGUAUGUUAAUGAGAGAAAUGCCCGUGCUGCUGUGGCAGGAGAGGAUGGCAGAAUGAUUGCUGGCCAGGUUUUAGAUAUUAAUCUGGCUGCAGAGCCAAAAGUGAACCGAGGAAAAGCAGGUGUGAAACGAUCUGCAGCGGAGAUGUACGGCUCCUCUUUUGACUAA